UUCAUUGGUUAUUGCAUGAUAUAUACAAUGAAAUUUCAUAAUGUAUUGAAUAAAUAUUUACUUAGGAGUAAACAAAUAUUAUAUUAUUUUAUGGCGGCCCUGUAUAUAUCGAGAAUACAAGGCGUAAGUCGAGAAGAACCUGUCUACAUGUUGUUGAAAGAUAACACUGACUAUACAAUUGAAGAAACGUUUGGAGAAAAAGAAUACGAGUUCAUCCAUAAUGACGAAACUGUUGAAACACUUUAUAAUAAAAGCGGUUUGAAUAGUCUAGAGCUUAAGAUGUAUGAGAAGAUUAAUCAUACGGACUUACAUAGCAAAAAUUCUGUAGAGAGAGAACGCACUAAUUGCUAUUUCCAUUAUCUCCCACUGACCACUGUCUCACCGCCAAAUAAAUAUUGGUACUAUAAAAAAGACAAGCCUAUAAAAUAUGUUUAUAUAAACAAUGGAACUGAUUAUAUGUACAUACCAUAUGACAAUUUCCUGAAAGAGGAAGAAAGAGAUGAACAACGUUUACGUUAUUUGUCGAACAGUAAUGACACAAACAGCCCCGCACUGCUGCGUACAAUAAAGUCGUUGUUUACAUUUGACCCCCAUUGUAAGAACUGCACGGCGGAGGAGCUGACGAACAUUGGCCUCAAGUCCAUCUGUUGCAUAGCGUUAGACUACCAACGGGGCGAAGCGCCCAGGGUGCUGGCGGCGCGCCUGUGGCGUGUCGUGAAGAUUUGGACGCUUGUCUAUCUGUUCAUAGCCUUGCCUUUGUGGUGUAUGAAAGGAUGGUGCUGUUGCUGUCUGUGUUGCAAGUUCUUCAGACCGAGAGAGACGAUCGAGGAAGCUAAGUCGUAUCUCCUGAAGAACCCUCCCGGCGUGCUCGCGGUCAACAACAAGGAAAUUCGCUACCACCCCAGUGAGAGCGAGAGAGAUGCGUGCGAAGAGUUCGAACAUCUAUUGAGGACCAUUUGAGGAAAACGCUGCACUUUGCACGGAUUGCACUUUUACUACAAUACUUUAUGAUACGACGCACAUAUGUUUAUCACAUAUAAUAUGGCAUAUGUUUCUUCACGCUUCUUUGACGUUUU